UUUCUUCACAGUCUCCCUAGGAAGAGUGAAAGAAAUUUGUGUUUUUGUAAACAAAAAGAAAACUUUAUCAUUUUAAUAGAAAUUCGUACAAAAAAUUAAUAAAAUGCUCCCUCUGUCUCUUCUAAAAACUGCUCAGAGUCAUCCCAUGCUCGUGGAGCUGAAGAACGGCGAGACAUACAAUGGACACUUGGUCAGCUGCGAUACCUGGAUGAAUAUUAAUCUCCGAGAGGUCAUUUGCACUUCUAAAGAUGGUGAUAGGUUCUGGAGGAUGCCAGAGUGCUAUAUCAGAGGCAGUACAAUCAAAUACCUCCGUAUUCCUGAUGAGGUGAUCGAUAUGGUGAAGGAAGAUGUCCAGCAAAAGACAAGAAAUCGCCAGGAGAUGAAUAAACAGAACCGCGGUGGGCAGAAUCAGCGUGGAAGGAACCAGCAGAACAGGAACAAUGCAUUUUCCGGACGUCGAGAUGGACAAGGCAAUCGUCAGCAGGCACAAAACAAUCGUCCCCUGGCACCUGGAAACAAAAAUCCACAGAAAAAAGUCCCCAAGUAGAUUAGUAGGCUUGUGUGAGAAAUAAAAGUCCGCAGAAAAAAUCUCCAAA